GCGGAACCCAGGCCUGUCCUCUUCAGCCCUCUUCUCCUCGCAACCUCGAGCCCAUUUCUUGCCAACCCAGGCAUCUCGACGGUAGAGUCCAGAAUAGUGGCGUGACGAGAGGGACAGAUCAUCGCAUUCGAGCCGCCUGUCCUUUUUUGUUUCCCUUCUCCGUUCGUUUCGUUCUCCUCAUCGUCGCGCCCCCUAGUUCCAUGUCACCUUCGGGGAGGAACACCCUUUAAUUCGCGACUGCCCACCUUCUACACUCUCAUUCAGUCUCAUUGCGAAUCCACGGGCAUCUCCAACAUCCGCAGUGACGAGGUCUAAGCCUCUCGUCUAAUCAUGGCCCGCGCAGCAGCGGCUGCAAAGCCGCCAGCCCGGGCGGCGACGCCUCUAGCCGCGGGCAACAGCAAGGCCGGCAAGGCCAAGUCGAAUCGCCCCAAUGACUACACCUCGGAGGGCGUCGAGGACAACGAUGUGUUUCUGCUGCCCGUCUCCGAUUACCAGGUGAUGAUCGGCAUCACCCUGGUGGCCGCCGCCGUCCGCCUCUUCCGGAUAUACCAACCCACCAGUGUCGUGUUCGACGAAGUCCACUUCGGCGGCUUCGCUUCCAAGUACAUCAAGGGCCGCUUCUUCAUGGACGUCCACCCCCCUCUUGCCAAGCUUCUAAUCACCCUUGCUGGCUGGCUAGCCGGCUUCGACGGCGAGUUCGAUUUCAAGGAGAUUGGGAAGGAUUACCUCGAGCCCAAGGUCCCCUACGUCGCCAUGCGCAUGUUCCCCGCCGUCUGCGGCAUCCUCCUGGCCCCGACCAUGUUCCUUACCCUCAAGGCUAUCGGCUGUCGCACUAUCGUCGCCAUGGUCGGCGCCUGCCUGAUCAUAUUCGAGAACGGACUGCUCACCCAGGCUCGCCUGAUCCUCCUCGACUCGCCCCUCAUGAUCACGACCGCUUUUACCGCCCUCGCUUUCAGCUCGUUUACGAACCAGCAUGAGCAGGGACCCUCCAAGGCAUUUGGCCCGAGCUGGUGGUUCUGGCUUGCCAUGACCGGUCUGGGUCUCGGCGCGAACUUCAGCAUCAAAUGGGUCGGCCUUUUCACCAUCGCCUGGGUCGGCUCCCUGACCCUUAUUCAGCUUUGGGUUCUUUGGGGUGACUACAAGACCGUGACGGUGCGCCUCUUUGCGAAACACUUCAUGGCCCGCGUCCUCUGCCUGAUUCUCAUUCCGGCCACCUUCUACAUGGGAAUGUUCGCCAUCCACUUUGUGUGCCUUGUCAACCCUGGCGAUGGAGACGGUUUCAUGAGCUCCGAGUUCCAGUCUACGCUCAACUCCAAAGGCAUGCAGGAUGUACCUGUCGACGUUCUCAUGGGUAGCCGCGUCGCCAUCCGCCACCUCAACACCCAGGGCGGUUACCUCCACUCACACCCCCUGAUGUACCCCACUGGCAGCAAGCAGCAACAGAUCACGCUCUAUCCUCACAAGGACGAGAACAACUAUUGGGUUUUGGAGAACCAGACCCAGCCGCUCGACCCCAACGGCGUCCAGAUCAACGGCACCAACGCCUGGAAUAACGUCACGCCUCUGCCCUACAUCAAGGACGGCGAUGUCCUCCGCCUGUACCACACCCCUACCCACCGCCGCCUCCACUCGCACGACGUCCGGCCUCCUGUCACCGAGGCUGAGUGGCAGAACGAGGUAUCGGCUUACGGAUACGAGGGUUUCGACGGUGAUGCCAACGACUUCUUCCGUGUCGAGAUCAUCAAGAAGCAGUCUGCCAGCGGUGUCGCCAGGGAGCGUGUUCGGACCAUCGAGACCAAGUUCAGACUCAUCCACGUCAUGACUGGCUGUGCGCUCUUUUCGCACAAGGUCAAGCUCCCCGACUGGGCCUCGGAGCAGCAGGAGGUGACGUGCGCCCGCGGUGGCACCCUGCCCAACAGCAUCUGGUAUAUCGAGGCCAACGAGCACGCGCAGCUCGAUGAAUCGGCGGAGAAGGUCAACUACCGUAAACCUGGAUUCUUCUCCAAAUUCGUCGAGCUCAACACGGUCAUGUGGAAGACCAAUGCCGGCCUCGUCGAGUCGCACGCCUGGGACUCGCGCCCGGACUCCUGGCCCCUGCUCAAGCGCGGCAUCAACUUCUGGGGCAAGGACCACCGCCAGAUCUACCUGAUGGGCAACCCUGUUGUUUGGUACACGUCAACCCUGGCCGUUGUCAUUUACGUGCUCUUCAAGGCCAUUGCUGUCCUGCGCUGGCAGCGGAGCUGCAACGACUACGGCAACGUCACCUUCAAGAGGUUCGACUACGAGAUCGGCUCGUCCGUCCUCGGUUGGGCUCUGCACUACUUCCCCUUCUACCUGAUGCAGCGCCAGCUUUUCCUGCACCACUACUUCCCCGCUCUCUACUUUGCGGUUAUCGCGUGGUGCCAGGUUAUGGACUUCACUCUGACGCGAUUCAAGGGCAUUGGCCUGCGCGAGAACCCCAUGGUUGGCAAGGCCAUUGCUGUCGGCUUCCUGUCCAUCUCUAUCGUUGCCUUCAUGCUGUUCCAGCCUCUCGCCUACGGCAACGCCUGGACCAAGAGCGAGUGCAGCCGCGUCAAGCUUUUUAAGGGCUGGGAUUGGGACUGCAACGCCUUCCUCGACAACUACGAUGCCUACGCGUCGCUCACCGUCGCUACUCCCUCAGCCGUGGCAACCCCGCAGCAGUCGAUAGACGCAAAGGUGGCGCCUCCAGUCAUUCCGGCGCAGCAGCAGCAGCAGCAGGAGCAAGCCGCCAACCCACCGGCGCCUCCGCCGGGCAUCUCGGGAGCCCCGGACCCAGCUUUCGCUCAGGACGGUUCCGGAGCAGGGCAGCGAGUGCUGUCCCGGGAGGAGCGUGUUGAGUACCGCGACCAGGACGGGAACCUGCUGGACGAGGAGCAGGUCAAGGCGCUCGAGGGCAAGGUGGAGUUCAAGACGCGCUACGAGACGCGCACGCGGGUCGUGGACGAGCAGGGCCGCGAGAUUUCGAACCCCGACGACGAGGCAGCCGCCGUCGCCGCCGCCCAGGCAGCCGCUCAAAAGGCGCCCGAGGCCCCGCCGGCUGGUCAAGAGAAGCCCGCGGCGGCCGGUGUGGCGCCGCCGCACCCUGACGUUGAGGGCGCAGCCGAGUCAACUAAGCAGAAGCCCAUCAAUGUCGACACGCUCGUCAAGGAUGACCCGAUUGAGCCUAGCCAGGAGGGCAGCAAGGAGAAGGAGCAAAGCAAGGCGAAGCCAGCCAGCGAGGGCAACGAGGCGACCAAGGGCGCCUAGUUUGCUCGGAGACGGGGCAAUACACUCCCCUUUGUUUCCAUUGCCACAUUUCGUUGACUACCACAUACCUGAUCUCUCAAACACAUAAAAUCCGGCACCAAAAAAGAAAAUCUCUUUUGUCACGUCUUUUUGUAUCCAUGUAUGUUGCGUUUGAGGUGGUGUGGAGUUCCAUGAUUUGGCCUGGGUGGUGUAUGUACCGGGGUUAUUUCCACGCUUGAGGGUAUCGGCUGUGUUUUUUGCAAGACGACCAAGACGAUAUAGACACGGACUCCAUAAUCUCCAUUCCAAGUUCACCUCUGGGUUCUGUGGCAAGGAAGACGGGCACGCUGUGGCGCGCUUAAGGGUAGACGGGUGCUAGGCACCUUUGCAUGGACCUACGCCUUCUUAUACUGCGCGAUAAUAACACUACGCUUUCGGCACCGUUGUAAUGGGGGCGGAAGGCUGCUUGGAGGCUUACUGAGGGGCUCUCGGAGGCAGGUUGGCGGCAGGAAGGCGGCUGGCGGGUCGGAUCGUACCAAAGGGAGCCAAGGCAGCUUUCCCUGGAAUGGCGAUGUCAAACUAGAAGCCAAAUGUAUUCAAUGUCUUCUGUCUUGUUAGUCCCCCGACCUAUUUCCAGGGGUUUCUAUUUUGGUUGUACCAUCCCUCAUCGUAGUCGUGAACAUCACACGCCCG